GCAGAAUCCUCGUGGUCAUUGGUCAGACUGCAGUGCAGCAAUUUGAUAAGAAGCUGGAGAAAGAUCCGAACACUAUCACACUGCCACCACUGUACCGAGGACCAGCACAUCUCAAGUAGGACUCAGGUCAAGCUAAGGAGUCCUUUUAACUUUGCUAUAUUUAUAAAAAGGCAGCAUGGAUGUGUUCAAGAAAGGCUUCUCCAUGGCAAAGGAAGGUGUGGUGGCUGCUGCAGAGAAAACCAAGCAGGGUGUGACGGAGGCUGCAGAAAAGACCAAGGAGGGGGUCAUGUAUGUAGGCUCCAAAACUAAGGAGGGUGUGGUGCACAGUGUGAAUACAGUUGCUGAAAAAACCAAAGAACAGGCCAAUGUGGUGGGAGGAGCAGUGGUCGGCGGUGUAAACCAAGUGGCAACAAAGACUGUAGAAGGAGCAGAAAAUGUUGUAUCUUCAGCCGGCCUUGUAAAAAAGGAGGAUUUUGCACGUCCAGAAGAAGCUGGUCCUGCAGAAGAGCCAGCUGUGGAGGCAACAGAAUCCACUGAGCAGGCUGGUGAUGCAGAGAAUUAGUCAUGUCUUCUAAUGUGUUGCCCAAAUCCUUACAGAUCUAUCGCUAAGACAAGAGCAGGAAAGCAUUAUUCCACAGCUGAAGAUACUUAACCAUCAUCCGUCGCACUGUUUAUUAUGAAGAUUUAAGAAUUCACUGUCUUCUGAUAUAUGUUCACUCCAAUUAGUAUCAUAGCAGUUGUGAGACAAUGUUGGCAAACUUUUGGAAUGAUCUGGAUUUCCUGAUUAAAACCUAAAAUGUCAACUAAGUCAUAUAUAUAGUGUUAACUGACAACAUUUAACAGUGCCAUAUUUUUAUUGAACAAAUAGCUCAAACAUUUAAAGGGGUUAUCCAGGCAGCGUGGUUACUAUGUGUUUGAUCAGGGAAUGGGUAGCAAAAAAAAAUAAAAAAUACACACACCUACCAUCCGCACUUCCAUGCUGCCUCUGGCAUUAUCCAGCUUUGAUUCCUACUGCUGUGCGGCAUUUCCAAGUUUGGGCACAUGACAUCAGUGGCCUGCUCAGCCAAUCAGUAGAGCAGGAGGGACAUCAGAGGAAGGGGAGCAUUUCUACCACGCGGUCUAUCGCAGUUUUCAGUCUGAGCCCAAAGUUAAAUACGGUUGGAAAAUUAUCGUCACUAGCUGACUCCAUUCGGCUCAAUAAAUUGAAAAGUAUAUGGCAUGGGUAUGGCGGCAGAUUUUACAAUUCUUCCACUGGAUAUGGUCACCAAAGGCUCAAAACAUGGUGUGAAUGAACUUCUUAUUGUUUUUUCUUUUCUUUUUGUUUCUUUCUUAACUACAAAACCCCUGAGCAAAUACAUAAAACUUUAUUGCCCUGAUAACCCCUUUAAGUUCAUUGCUGCUAUGACAGUUAUAAAAACAAUUUAUCAACCAGAAGAACCUCAUUAUUGAACUUUAUGAACACCAUCACCAUCUUUUCAUAUGGAAAAUUCAUGACAACAAAUGCUAUGAAUUUUUUGAGAUGUCUGCAGAUUGUUAUCUAGCUAGUCAUCACUUGAGGAUUCUUGAGCACUAUCAUAUUAGAUCUUUGUAGGACACCAAUUCUUGGUGAACAGUGGUGACUCAUUUUUCCAUUUGGUCAUACAAUUUAGCUGUCCUCCAGAAUGAAGUAAACUGUCUCUCUUGUGCCACCGUCCCUAAAUCUGUGUCCUACCCAUUAAACAUAAGUCAGAAUAUCA